UUGCAAUGCAUGAGGCUGAACUGCUCAAUAGGCUUAUUCUGAGAGAACAGAGAGACUAGUUUAUCCUGAGUGAUUUCAAAAGAGGUCUCUUAUAUCUCUUUGAUUGAUUGUUACAUAAAAAGCCUGCUCUCUGUCAAAAGGUUCCUAUGUGGGACCUAUUCUGAAUUUAUUAGAUUUCCCUUUGAAACGGACUACUUCAUGUAUUCAUUUCAAAAGUUUCGGGACUAAAGAGCUUCCUUAAUGAAUCUUUAGGCAUUAAAACUUAAAAUUUUAGGUUGAGAGAGUGUACAUUCCUUGUAAAUUUAGUACUUAAUGUGAUUUCAUGAUGUCUUAAAAUAUUCCAAACCUCUUAUGGAGAUCAGGCUGGCUUGGGAACAACCAGAUACCUGCUUUCAAAUUGAUAAGACCAUAGAAUCUUUGUGACUCUUCUGCUCACUUCUCCAAACAGGCUUAUGAAAGGAGUAAUGGGGCUCUUGUCACCUUGAUAAUUGAACCAAAACUCUCUGACACUCUUCGGGAAGUUCUUCUUGAAAAAUUUGUUUAUGCUCUCCGCUUCCUCUGUUGGAAAUUCGCAUAUUCUUAAAGCUUCCAGUUCAGACAAUCUCUUGGGAAUGGCUUUUAAGAAGGAUAAGAUUUCUGGGGAAUCAAAAGAUAAGAAGAACUCAGAUUCUUUGGUGAAGCCUUCUUCUAAUCCAGGAGGAGAAUCAUGACAAAUAUUAUGUAAAACUAAACUAGAUUAAUAAGAAAAUAAAAUUAUCAAAUAGAACAUUAAAUAGAAUAAAAAGUAUCAACUACUAAACUCAACUCAAAAUCAUCUUCCAAAAUU